AUGGCAACCAGGGAGGAGGCAGAGGAGCAGGUUCGAGAGAUCGCUGAAGAGGUCGGAUACAUCGACCAGGAGGUCAUGGACAGGGUUGGUGCUCGCCUCCCCGAAGAUCGACGAAAGAUUGAGAGGGGCAUGAAAGCCCUUGCGAGUCUCGCGGGCCAUUCCAUCAAGACGUUUGUAUCCCCUACUUUUAUUCCCGGGAUCUCAUGCUCGUCGAUUCUCUUAGUUCACAAGCUUAUGUUUCCUUUGUUUGACUAUUACAGACUCGCCAAAAAUAUCUACGGCAGCGAUGCCCGUUUCGUCUUUGAACUUCUGCAAAAUGCAGACGACAAUCGUUUCACUCGCGCCACAGCCAAAGGCGAUAUGCCUUAUGUUUCUUUCGCAAUUCAUCCCAGUCGGAUCGUCGUUAAGUGCAAUGAAGACGGCUUCUCCUUCGAAGACCUUAAGGCUAUCUGCGUCGUUGGCAAAAGUACGAAGUCGACAUCCUAUGGAUACAUCGGCGCAAAGGGGAUUGGCUUCAAGUCCGUCUUCAUAGCCGCUUGGAAAGUUUACAUCCAGUCAGGCCACUACUCAUUUUAUUUCCAACACGAGAAGUCUGAUGAUGGUCUGGGGAUGGUCACGCCAAUAUGGCAAGCCGCGGACCCGGAGGAGGUCGAUGGGUCCUUCACUCAAAUGACUUUGCACCUCCAUGAGAAGGGCAGCCCAGAUGAAAUUAAGCAUCUUCGAGAGACCGUUUUCAAACAACUGAAUGAUCUUCAACAGACUUGUCUACUGUUUCUCAGGAAAUUGAAGAGAAUAAGUGUCGCAUUUUAUGACGAAUCCGGAGAGCUAGAAACUUCAAAGUCCUUUUUCGUUGACAGCGCUGAUCAACAUCGAAGAAUCCUCCAGACUGUAUCAGGCGUGGAUGAGGAAGAGACAGUGGAGCAGGCGUACUAUCACGUCACGACGCAUACUGUCACUGGACUCGCCAAGAGCGACAAUCGAGAAAUCCCAGAAGGUGCACAUCCAGAGCAUGGGCCGUGGAAUACCGCAGAAGUUAUCCUUGCAUUCCCUCUGACAAGUGAGGACGUUCCAAUAAAAAAAUCUCAGCACAUCUUCGCCUUUUUACCCAUCAGGGAGGGAGACUUUUCGUUUAUCAUCCAGUCGGAUUUCGAUACUAGCGCGAGCAGGCAAGACAUCUCCACCACCUCCAGAAGAAACAACGGUUUACUGGACGGGAUCGCGGAUGCAUUCGUUAAGGCGGUAGUUCAAUUUUGCCAACUCCCGAAUCUGCGCUACACUUGGCCUACAUUCUUACCACGCAAGGAAGACAUAUCAAGCUCUUUCUGGUCUGGCCUUCGAGACCGAGUCGAGUCCCGCCUCAAUGAGACACCUUGUAUAGUCACGCGGCAUAGUGGCGUCCUUAGAAGAAUCGAUAGCGUUCUGAGACUCACAAGAGACGCAGAAGACAUGCAAGGGAACUAUCUACUCGAUGACCGGGCCGAGGACCCAUUUAUCUCAAAACAUUACACCGCUUCCGUGCAGGUGCUGGCUGAAUACGGGCUGGCUCGUCUCUAUUCAGGCGAGUUUCUUCGACACCUCGAAUCCGACCUCAAAAGCGACUCCUCGAGGACAAAGUCGCCCUCGAUGACCCAGGACUGGCAUUCGAGGCUGGCUUCUCUCCUGUGCAGGCUUUCGGGAAACAAGUACUCGAAAACAACAUCUGAUAUUAAGAAACUGCCGCUCCUACCUCUCGUAACAGGGGAAUGGGUAUCUGCCGAGAGAGGCCAGAGUUACUGGCCGACCACACAUUCGAUCCCUAUUCCGCCACAUAUCGAUUUGCAGGUCCUUGACCAGACAGCACUAGACGUACCACAAAGAAAGGCGCUGUUUGAGGGUUUGGGUGUCAAGGAGGCGACGCGUGAUGACUACAGCCCUGACACUCUUCUGGCCAAGAACGAGGAAGCACCGGGGCCGGCGCUGUCACAUCCUACCUGGAAGGAGUGGCUCUGCGACACCAUCGGCAUCCGAGAACGGAUGCGUCUCCUCAAUACUACCGGCGAUGGAUUUUCGAACAUGUUUCUCUACGUUUGGACGCAACACCCAGGAAAAGCUUUGGGUCUUCUGGAGUACCUCUGGGAAUACGAAGGACCACAGGUUAAACGGAAGCCUGGACUUCUGCAGACUCUUAAAAGCGAGCUUCCCGCGAAUGCGCUGUGUGGUAUGACCGAUUGCGACAAGAAUCUAUCGCUUGAACAGACAUACCUUCCAUACCCGCACCUCCUGAGGCAGUGUGGUGUCUCGUCAGCUCAGCUAGGGGUUCUUGAACGUUUCUUCCAGGAUACACUGGCCAUCGAAGACGCGUCCUGGAAAGAUGUUGUCGAAGAUUUAAAGUCGUUGGGGAACAAGCGGCUCACGCUCUCUAGCCCUUCCAAGGCCCUUUAUGAAUAUUUAGACAAAAUGGAUUUUGGAUCUUCGAUUCCCGAGUUCCGAAAAACCUUCGAAGACAAUGCCUUAAUCUUCGCUACGUACCGUGGCACACCCGGCUGGUGGAAGUCAUCGGAGUGCCUGUGGUCAAACACUGCAGACAUCGGCAGAAAAGUUCCUCUUAGUGAGCAGUACGCCGACUUGAGGAGCUUCUUCGUCGACAAACUCGGGGUCAAGACGGUCACGCUUAGGAUAAUACACGACGAACUGUUGCAAGUUAACUCAAUGACUCCGGUCGGCGACGCCAAGAACCUACUCCUCUCCUUUGGCGCUCUCCUUCAAUCGGCCAGGGACCCCGAACUCGCACCGGGUGCACUUUUGAAAGCGCCCGUCUUUCCGGUGAAACUCCCAACAGGAGAUACCGGUCUCGAAACAUCCGAGGCUAGCUUUGUCAUCGUCGACAGAAAGUCCCUAGCGGCACGCUUCAACGGCAGAAUCAAGGUUGUCGACUUCACCUUGGAGGAGGUAUGGCAACUGAAGAGUUUCUUUACUUGGAUGGGUAUGGAGGACCGAUACAUCUCCGCUUCUGUCGAGGAAGUCACACGUGUUUCGAGUGAGAAUAGCCGGGCUAUUUCCAGUCCGGGUCGCGAUCUAAAACACAAAGCCUAUUACAUACUACGAAUCGCCGCCACCUUUAAGAGUCCACGUUACUGCAGUGAUCAACCACCUGAAUUGUACAAACUCCUCCAGCAAACCGAGGUCAUCGAGACAGACGGCAUCGCUUCGGUCCUCAGGAUUGCUCAGGAUGGUGAAACUAUCGAAGUCGAAGAAUCGCGAUGCGACUUGCACAUCAAUGAAACGGAUAUUGGACUCGAGAUCUACGUCCCCAGAAGCAAGGCCUCCCAGGAGUAUGUUUACUCACUGCCUCUCCCCAGUCGCCUAGCUGACUGGCUGAUGCGAGAGCGGGAUGGCGGUGUGAGUUCAAGUCCGCCGAAAGCAAUGGUGAUUGCUCUCAGUGCUACAUUGAACUGUAGUAGUACUUCAGCGUUGGAUCGAGUGCUUGACUAUCAAGGUAUACUGCAAGUGUCUAUUCGCAACGAGGAUAUGAUCAUUGAGGAAGCCCUCACACUCGAUGAGGAAGCCGAUGACGAAGAUGGUAUGUCGUCGAGGGCAAUGCUCACUCCCGGAUCAUGGACCAGUGGAGGAAAUACUGAAGUUCCAGACGCCGAAGACGAUCCUCUGCAGAUUACUUCAUCUAGGCUAGUGCAAACGGCCAACCGACGGGCCAACAUGUCUUUCUUCGCGGGCUCAUCCACAGUGGGAGCCCCACGGCUCUCACCCGCGUCCCAUAUUCCCGAACCGUCACCUUCCGGUGAAGAUCGGCGAUACCUUGCACUCCUCAAUCGCGUCAUCAGCGCUGCCAGACAAGCUACGUUCCCAUCACAGGGAGCGUUCAACAUGUCUUCGCUUCUCGGUGCCCUUUCCGCAGGUGGUGGUGACAUCGCGAGAUUUGAUGGCCUUGAGGUGAUGAAUAGGUUCCAAUCUAGUAGUCAGCAUGAGCGCGAUAAGAAGGUCGGGGCAGCCGGUGAGCUAUACAUGAGGGAUACUCAUAACUCGGGCGGAAAGUCUGAUGUGUAUCUCAUUUUCCGCGUGUUUAGAAUUGGUAGGGAUAGGGUGGGCGUGUGUGUCUACCUCGAUCCAGAACAGGCGAAGAUUGAUGGGCGACUUUUGUUCACAGGAGAGCAGUGGUCUGUUACUCCUGGCCCAGGGGCAUAG